AUGGAGACAUUGUCCACUAUCAAGACGUCAUUGGGCAUCGUCGAACUUGGCAGCACGGAACUUGGCAGCACGGAACUUGGCAUGACGGAACUUGCCACCAUGGAACUUGCCACCAUGGAACUUGCCAUCAUGGAACUUGCCGUCAUGGAACCGGGUAUUGUGGGCGCCCCGCCAUCAGUCAAAUUCGGUGAGUCAUCCAGAAUAUCGAUCGCUGUGGUGCUGACCACUCGUUUCCGCCGGGACGAAGGACGGUCUCGAGAAGAAGGACGGCUUCGAGAAAAGGGGCGGUCUUGA